AUGGCUGGUGUUCUAUCGAGAUCACAAAUUUCAGAAGAUAUUCAAGAUUAUUUUCGCAAAGACAGAGGAAGAAAUCCAGGAAAUAACCAUACAUCUGUAAACACGUCACGUAAUAAAUCACCAAGAAACAGAGACAAUCCAUCAAAAUGCGAUACCUUGGGAAUACUGAUUGACAAACCAAAGCACAAACAGUAUAGUACUCUUCAGUCCCGAAUUGCUUCAUUCGAAAAUUGGCCACAGGAUAAAACGCAAGAGGUAAGGCAGUUAGCUGAAGCUGGAUUUGGGUAUACGGGAGUAGACGACUCUGUUAGAUGUUUUUAUUGCAGUAUAGGACUGAAAGAUUGGCCAGAAGGAGCUUGUCCCUGGGAACAACAUGUUCUAGCCAGCCCGGAUUGUGGUCACGUGAUUCAGUGUAAAGGUAAAGGGUAUAUCAGAAAAAUUCUAGGAGAAAAAGCCCAAGACUCUGAUAUUGACGUGGACGAUUCAGACGAAGUAGUGGAUACUGUACAGCUAGCUAUAAAUAGAAACGAAGGUGCUGUUAUUGCUGCAAGAGAAUAUUGUACAGAUGAAGAGAUCUUAAAAAGGGCAAUAAAAACAUUGAUCAAGCAAGACGCACAGAAACAAUUCUCAGCUGUCGAACUUGUAAAAGUUAUACAAGAAUUUGAGGAAACAAACGAAAAUGCAAACGCGACAUCACAGCUUUCCGAAGACGAAGAACAAGACGAUAUAGAAACAGACGGAGAAGGUUCUGAAGAAGAAGAGGAUGUGAAAGAAACAAACAGAAAAUUAAAGGAACCACCUCUUGUACCCACCACACAGGUUGACUUUUAA